CCUCAACACUCCACUGCUUCUACACCGCACAUUCUCACUCAACUUCUCCUUUCCCUCAAUCUCUCCAUUUGCACAACCAACCGUGCAAUGGACUUCCUCCGUAGACCGUACGCGCAAAGCCCCGGGACGGGAGUUUGGGGCCCUCCAGAUUCAAAUCAAAAUUUCUGUGAAGAGGAUUAUGUGAUUACGAUGUACAUCGGUGAAUUCAUGAAUACGCUUACAAACCUCACUUACAUUAUUUACGGCAUCCAUGGAAUAAGACGAGUGCAGCCUCGAGAAGACGGGGGCUUGUUCUCGACGUUGGCGUUCCCGUAUUGGGGACUCGUGGGCGUGGGCAUAUUGUCAGGUUACUAUCACGCAACAUUGAAAUAUCACAGCCAGAUGGGCGACGAUCUCUCCAUGCUCCUGGCCGCAGGCUCCAUCCUCCACCAAGUGCUCACCUUUGGCGCCCCUGGACCACAACGCCUACGCACAACACUUCUACUACUCGGGAUCCUAAUCCCGAUAUCCGUCUACCACUGCUGGGCGGACGAAAUCCUGGUCCACGUGCUAACUUUCGGCAUCAUGGUUGCAAUCGUGGGUCGCAAGAUCCGAGGGCUGAUAAGCCAACGUGUAACGAAUCCUGAUGCGAAGAGGAGAUUGGGGGGUUUGGCUACCAUGGGGAUGGGCAGCGGCCUCUUCGGCUACUUCGUCUGGAACAUCGACAUGCAUUUCUGCAGCCAAGUCACAGCUAUAAAACACCGUCUCGGGCUCCCGUGGGGCUUCCUGCUCGAACUCCAUGGCUGGUGGCAUAUUUUGACUGGCAUUGGCGCGUAUGUUGGAAUGGCGUUGGUGGAAUACUUGAUUACGAUGGAGGAAGGGAAGACGGAUAGAGUGGAGGAGGGGUUUGUUUGGCCAGUGAAAAGAGUUCUGAGGGAUUUGGAGGGGAGAGAGAAGGAGAAGAAGGAGAAGAAGGGGAGGUAGUGGAUGAAUAUGGAGAUGGAGAUGAGACAGUAAGGAGUAAAGAGUUGGGACGGAGAAGGAUAGGAAGAUAGAUGUAAUUCGUACAUAUAAUCAUGGCUUUCCUGGGUAGAAGGAUAAUCGCACCACGUAGCGCAAGGCAACAUAAUAGCGACAUCCAUCUCGUAUAUAGACGCUGAGAGAAAUGAACAAACACGAAAGUCA